GCUGACUCACUCCUGUAGUCAGAGAUAGUAACUGUCACUUGGAUUUAAUAUGAACUUUAUAUAGGUACAAGGGGGAUGUGGGUGUGAAAAUGAGUUUAUAUUAAAUAAAUUCAUCAUGUAGAGCGUGAUAUGGAUUAAUAAGUCCACUUAAAUUGUGUCAAGUUUUAGGUUAAGGAUCCACAAACAUGAAACCAGUCAGUUAAAGUAGGAAACAGGUUUAGUUCGUUAUUCAAAGGUUGCUGUAAACAGGCAGACAGACAAAAAAAGGGGAGCAGUCAAGCAUAGUCCUUGGCAUCAGGCAUAGUCCAAAAACAGGCAGAAUACUAACCAGGAGAAUGCUGGAUUGCACAUGAAGUGGCAGUCAAGCAGUUGGGUGCAUCGUUAGUUUAUGUAGGACAAAUGAGCAGAUGAUCAGGUGAUGCAGCAGGGAGGAAAGCAGAGCAGGUGGGAGUGGCUGGUGUGAAAAUAGUGGGGUAGCAAACAGAAAACAGGAACCAGGGCAGGAAGAAUGGCAUGGUGUAAAGACAGUGGCAGCCUGGUUUGGAGUGGUGAUGUUUGCCUUUCUCUUCAUCACUCUCUUUCUCUGAGCUGCUGUCACAAAUACACAAGAGGCUACACAUACAUGGAAAGGCAGCAGACCAGAGACGAGGUUGUAUUUCACUCAAGUCAACUACAACAAUAGCCGUUAAACAUACGUGCUACAACAUUCACCGCUUGUUGGGACAACACAAGCAAUUUAUCAAACACCUGUUGAUCAAGCAGAGCAGCUGCAACAUGUUCGUACUGCAAAAAAACGUAAGACGCAAUAGUGUGAACUGAGAGGAUGAUUCCUUUGCUAGUUCAUGUAUUUGCUGUGUGAUAGGUUUGCAGUAUUUUUCUCAUAGACAUUUGAUAGCAGUCUUCUGAAACAGCAGAGCUUAUGUGUGUGACUGAGCUUAAACGAUGAAAAGCAAAUGUUCGUCCCAGUUUUGAGAGUAAUUUCUUCGUAGAUGCGUUUAAGUACACUGACAGUCAUUAAAAACUUCGAGACCAUAUUUUUCAACACAAUUUUUAUUUUGAAGCCCGAAACUGGAUUUUCUUCUUAUGAAUCAUUUGUUUAGCAUAUUGGCAUACAGAAACAAAAAUCUAAAGUUUCAAGAAUGAUUUCAAAAUAAAGAAUUUCACAAAAGAAAACGGCACCUGCCAAACACAAAGUCACAACAGUCAAUACCGAGUAUGGCCUCUGUUUGCUUCGAUGCAGGCAGCAAUCCGUCGGCGCAUGCUUUGGACCAGGCUUCUGAUUGUGGGUUGGGAACAGCCCAUACGCCUGGCUACAUCACUGUAGCUCAAAGCGGCCUCCACCAUACCCAGUGCCCGGAGACGUUGUUCAUGUGAUAGACGCGGCAUGAUGCUGUUCACUGGACUAACAAUGGGGGCCUUUUUUGGGCCUUUAUAUAGGCCUUCAAAACCCAUUCUCAAAUUGUGCAGAUACUCACUGAGUAUUGCUUGGUGUGUAUUUGGUUCAUUUUUGCAAAGUGACCAACCCAUGUGCAAUGGGUUGAAAUGACAACUCAUCAUUAUCUCAACUACCAGGGCACUAGAUCAUCAGUAAAUCCACAAUGAAUAAUUACAACCCCCCUACAAGUAGAAUUCUGCGUACAUUUCUACCUCAAAGUUUCUAUUGACUGUCAGUAUACUUUAUAUGCAUAUUUUUUAAGACAGCGGUUUGUUUCUCCAAAGUUGAGGUUAUCCCUUAGGUGUGAGUCUACGUCACAGCUAGUUGGGCAGCUUCUCCUUUCCUUUCAGGGCUGCAAUCAAUAAUUUACCCAGCCUGGUCGUAUCAAUGACAUCUACUCCCUUUUCUCUUCCUCGCACUCGCUUGCUUGCUCUUUCCAUGAAAACUGCUGAUGACAAGGGGGUAAAAGAGCUCAUUAACGACGGAGAGAGGGGAAAGCACUAUCAUUCUAUCAGACAGGUGUUAUCAGCCUAUGGAACAGCAGCAGAACCAGUGGGACUGAAGUGAAGGUGACUUUCACUGCCUUAAGACGCUGAUUUAAACAGGACAAGAACGGCCUGAGGAAACGUCUUUAGAAGUUUGAAUGGGAAAACAGACUUUUUACAACAAUCUCUGACAAUCUCUGCUUAAGCUUUUUUUUUAUUAUUGAAUAUCAUCUUUGAAAUCGGUCACCAUGUCAGGAGUCAGCAGUGACCAGUUGCACAAAUCCACUUUAACCGUCUAUUCGAACCUGAUGGAGCACUUCAACCCAGGCCUUCAGAGGCUUGUUGCCCUAGGAAACAGCUAUGUAAAGGCAUUUCAAGCUUUAGCUGUUUGCAGUGAGUCCUACUUUAGUGCUGUGGCCAAGAUGGGUGACCAGGCACUUCACACGCUCUCAUCUCGCUCUCUUGGGGAUGUCCUGAUCCAGAUAUCAGAAACACAGAGAAGACUCACUGCAGAGAUGGAGGGAGUGUUUCGCUGGUUCCAGGUAGAGGUGCUGCAAGCAAUGGAGAAGAAUAUCAAGCUGGAUGAGGAGUACAUUGAUGGUAGUCGCAGAGUGUAUGAGCUGGAGGUGAGGAACCAGGCAGAGGCUUUGGAGAAGCAGCUUAGGCGGGGAACCUUCAGAGACUCUCUGGAGAACAGUGAAUACAUGUUGUACCUGAGGCAGAGCCAGCAGGAGAUCCUGAAGGAGGAGGAGAGAAGGUAUCGCUUCUUAGCAGAGAAACACUGCGGCCUCACUCAGUCGCUGCUGUUUCUAAUAAACAAGACUAGCGCAUCUCUCCAACAAAAGGCUGAUGGAUGGAAAGAGAAAGUAAAUGAGACCAGAGGGUCCAGAGCUCGAACUCCAACACAUUUAGACCAAGAGGCACAGUUGCGAGGCUCAGUGAGCUCCCUGCUGCAGACAGUAGCCAGAGAUGAGGACAUGUCCUGGGCAAGACGGGAGCAGCAGGCGCUGGGCAGAGUGCCUUCUAGAGCACCGUCUCCCCUCCCCAGCCGCUCUCGUUCCAGCUCAGUGGGGGAGUCUCUGGGUCUGGCAGGGGGGAGAACCAUGAGAGCCUUGGUGUCUCAUCCCUCCUCUUCCAACCCAAAGCUUCUGCCUUUUAAUAGGGGAGAGACUGUCACCGUACUGGUCCAGGAGCCACGAAACGGCUGGCUGUAUGGACGCACUGACAGCAGCCUGCGGCAGGGCUGGUUCCCUGCUGCAUAUGUGGCCCCGAUUGAGGAUUUCUCUACUUUAGCGACAAGCGGUGGUUCUCUGAGAAGCCACAGCAUGAACAAUCUUCUGGACACUGACACCUACACUGAGCAAUCAGAGAACACGAGCUUUGGUGACAUCCCGCCCCCUGCCACACCCAACCGGAGAGCCUCUGCAGACUUUCGGCCGAUCUCGCCGCUCCCUGAGAGGAAGGCAGAACCAGCGCUGGAGGCAAAACCCAGUCCAACAAAGAGCUACAGCGAACACCAACCACCGCCUCCUCCUCCACCGCCUCCUCCUCCACCAAAUCAGAAUCUCAGAAGGGGAUCGGUAGACUUUCGACCGGUCUCACCCCUCCCCGACAGGAAGGGCGAAUCAGCAUCCGACGUCCAGGCAUUAUCGCCUCAUGGGCCACCUGAAAACCCAUUGUUUCCCAGAGGCACAAACCCGUUCGCCACAGUAAAGCUUCGUCCCACAACGACCAAUGACAGAUCCGCUCCUCGGAUCCCCUGAGCUGUCAGCGCUCAUCCAGGCGGGGUUUGUAACUGAGGCUGGGAGAUCAGGUUGUGGAGGCAGGAUGCUCGUUUUUGUUUUAGGGGAAUGUUGUGACAUCUGCAAAAUGUGAAGGAUCUGAGCCGGAUGGACAGAAGAAGGUCUGAAGAGUUUCUGUACAGUGUUAGAUAAGGUGUUUACUGCACCAAAAGCAAAAGUGAUUCUGUUGUACAUCUAAAUAAUUAAAUGCAAAAACCAUAAGCUAAAGCAGCUGUUUUCACAACUCGUUGUACAGUAUUUAAGUUUUUAUGUUGACAGAUAGUUUCUCUCUUAUGAUAAAAGUGUUAAAGGAACAGUCAAACAUUUUGGGAAACAUGCUUAUUGCUUAUUAGUGACCAUAGAAUUACAAUCAACAGCUGGUUGAUUUAGCAUUUUUUGAUUUUGUUAGCCUUAAGCUACAUAGCUGUUAGCUCCAGCGACAUAUUGAGUCUGCACACAUGAGAGUUGUAUCAAUAUUCUCAUUUUAAUAGAGGCAACCAAAGCAAAUAUUCACAUUUCCCAAAAUGUUGAGCUUAGAUUCUUAAUUGUAUUCACUGUCCAGUGUUGGGCGCGUUGUGUUUUGUGACUUCAAUGUUUUGUGUUCGCUGACAAAAAGUAAAGAGACGGUUACUCAA